AUGUGUGCUGUAUGUUCAGACAACAGGUACAGGGGCGAAGGAGCAGCCCUGGAGGCGGCCCGGGGCGGAGGGGGCUGCGCCGCAGCGCUGCGGCAGGGGCCAGCUCGCGGGGAGCGAGGAGGCACGUGGCCGCCCGCAGCGACCCAAGGCACGCUCCAGGAACCAGACUCGCGGGCCCGGUCCGGGGAUGCGCCCUCGAGGUUUCAGACCCUCCGCUCCAGCGUCUUGCGGUCUCCCGGCCCCGGGUCCCACCUCCGCGCGUGCUGCGGAGACCUCCUCGCCGCCGCCGGCUUUCCGGGAACCCAGACUCCGCUCCGCACCCUGUGUCCUGCGGUAACCCCUUCGAGCGCCCCCUGCUUCUGGGCGCCCCCUGCUCCAGCGCCUCAAGUCCAGCCGCCCGCCUCUGGCCCCCUGCAGGGACCCUCACCAGGCGCCCCUCGAGGUGUCAGCUCCAGGCCGGCUCAGCCCCGGGUCCGCCCUCUGUUCCCGGCGCCGCGCAGGCUGCGCACCCCAGCCCGGGCGGCGCAGAGGCCGCGUCCUACCUUCGUCCGGCAGCCGCUGCAGGCAGAGUGCGAGGUUCCUCCGCCAGCCGCGCAUCCCGGCGGCCGCCCUGCGGCCCGGCCCGGCCUCGCCAGCCCGGCUCCGGCCCCGGCCCCGGCCCCAGCCCGGGCCCCGCCCCCGCCGGGCCGGGCGGCGCAGCGCAGCGCUGGGGAGGGCCCCGGGCCCAGGGCGCCGCGGGCAUGGGCAGCCGCGCAGGGUGUGGAGAGUGUCGGGCGGCCGCCAGGCGCUCGGCUCCGGCCCCUGAGCCCGCGGCUAAGCAGCGACUCUCCCCGGAGAGCGCGCGCUUUCCCGGGCGCUGGGGGCGGGGCGGGCAGGCGCGGGCGGUCUCGAGGAGGGGGGCUGGAGCGGGACCCCGAGGAGCCCGAGCCGCCGCGCCUCCUUCCUAACCUCCCCCGGGCCGGCUCGCGCACCAUCUCCAAUCUCCCCCACUCCUGUCCUUCCAACCUUCAACCUAAUCACCACCGGUCAGUGAAUGAAUGA